CGACGGGGGAGCUCGGCCUCCACCAAGCCGGGCUCCUCCGCUCACCAUGUCCGGGGACGGCGGCAGGCACACGGCGGAGCUGCGAGCGGAGCUCUAUUUCCUCAUCGCCCGCUUUCUGGAGGACGGACCCUGCCAGCAAGCGGCUCAGGUCUUGAUCCGAGAAGUGGCCGAGAAGGAGCUGCUGCCCAAGCGCACCGACUGGACGGGGAAGGAGCAUCCCAGGAGCUACGAGAGCCUAGUAAAAUACUAUAGACAUUUGGCACCUGAUCAUUUACUCCAAAUAUGCCAUCGACUAGGACCGCUUCUAGAGCAAGAAAUUCCGCAGAGUGUUCCAGGAGUACAAACAUUAUUAGGAGCUGGAAGACAGUCUUUACUUCGCACAAAUAAAAGCUGCAAGCAUGUUGUCUGGAAGGGUUCUGCUCUUGCGGCACUGCACUGUGGAAGACCUCCAGAGUCACCAGUAAACUAUGGCAGCCCACCUAGUAUAGCUGAAACUCUCUUUUCAAGAAAACUAAAUGGAAAAUACAGACUUGAACACCUGAUUCCAACUGCUGUUUAUCAACACAUGAAAAUGCACAAGCGAAUCCUGGGACAUUUGUCUUCGGUAUAUUGUGUAACGUUUGAUCGAACAGGCAGAAGGAUAUUCACUGGUUCCGAUGAUUGUCUUGUGAAAAUUUGGGCAACAGAUGAUGGAAGAUUGCUUGCUACUUUAAGAGGACAUGCGGCUGAAAUAUCUGAUAUGGCUGUUAAUUAUGAGAAUACCAUGAUUGCUGCAGGGAGCUGUGACAAAAUGAUCAGAGUGUGGUGUCUCCGAACAUGCGCCCCUUUGGCUGUAUUGCAAGGCCACAGUGCAUCCAUAACUUCACUGCAAUUUUCCCCGCUGUGCAGUGGAUCAAAGCGAUACCUGUCUUCAACUGGGGCGGAUGGCACAAUAUGUUUUUGGUUAUGGGAUGCUGGCACCCUUAAAAUAAAUCCAAGGCCAACAAAGUUUACUGAGCGUCCGAGGCCUGGAGUCCAGAUGAUAUGCUCUUCUUUUAGUGCUGGUGGAAUGUUUCUGGCUACUGGAAGUACAGAUCACAUCAUUAGGGUUUAUUUCUUUGGAUCAGGUCAGCCAGAGAAGAUAUCAGAGUUGGAGUUUCAUACUGACAAAGUGGACAGCAUUCAAUUUUCUAACACUAGUAAUCGGUUCGUUAGUGGAAGUCGUGAUGGCACAGCACGCAUUUGGAUGUUCAAGAGAAGAGAAUGGAAGAGCAUUUUGUUAGAUAUGGCUACUCGUCCUGCAGGCCAAGCCCUACAAGGUGUAGAAGACAAAAUCACAAAACUGAAAGUUACUAUGGUGGCAUGGGACCGUCAUGACAACUCUGUUAUUACAGCAGUUAAUAACAUGACUUUGAAAGUUUGGAAUUCCUUUACUGGUCAACUUAUUCACGUCCUUAUGGGACACGAGGAUGAGGUGUUUGUACUUGAGAGUCACCCUUUUGAUGCCAGAGUUCUGUUCUCAGCUGGCCAUGAUGGAAAUGUCAUUGUAUGGGAUUUGGCAAGGGGAGUCAAAAUCCGGUCUUAUUUCAACAUGAUUGAAGGGCAAGGUCAUGGGGCAGUCUUUGACUGCAAGUGCUCACCUGAUGGCCAGCAUUUUGCAUGCACGGACUCUCACGGUCAUCUUCUCAUCUUUGGCUUUGGCUCCAGUAGCAAAUAUGACAAGAUAGCAGAUCAGAUGUUCUUUCACACCGAUUAUCGUCCACUUAUCCGUGAUGCCAACAACUUUGUGUUGGAUGAACAGACCCAACAGGCACCACAUCUCAUGCCUCCUCCAUUUUUGGUUGAUGUUGAUGGUAAUCCUCAUCCAUCCAGACAUCAAAGAUUAGUCCCAGGACGUGAGAACUGUAGAGAAGAACAGCUUAUUCCUCAGAUGGGAGUAACUUCUUCAGGACUGAACCAGGUUUUGAGUCAACAAGUUAGUCCUUUGGACAGCAUGAUACAGAGACUCCAACAAGAGCAAGACCAGAGACGUUCUGGAGAGGCUGGAACUAGCAACACUAACAGAGUUGGCAGGGGCUCUGUAAACACUACCUCAGAGGUACAUUCACCACCAAAUGUGGGAUUAAGACGCAGUGGACAGAUUGAGGGUGUCCGACAGAUGCAUAGCAAUGCUCCAAGAAGUGAAAUGGCUACUGAACGAGACCUGGUAGCAUGGAGCCGAAGAGUUGUGGUGCCAGAACUGUCACAAGGAGUAGCCAGUAGGCAAGAGGAAUGGCGAACAGCAAAGGGGGAAGAAGAAAUAAAGAUUUACAGGUCUGAAGAAAAAAGGAAACACGUUACAAGUCAUGUCCCUAGAGAGAACAAAAUACCUUCUUUGCCUAAGAAUCAUUCCAAUGAUCAUGUAUUAGAUGUUGCCGAUUUGAAAAAGCAGCAAGCUAAUCAGCAUAACUACCGUACUAGAUACGCAUUGGAAGAAACUUCCAGACCAAAUGAAGAUCUGGAAAAUGGAAGAAGUUCCUCAGAUGAAGGAGAAGUAGCUGUUGUCAGUGGUGGAACAUCUGAAGAUGAGGGGAAAGCAUGGCACAGUGAUGGUAGUUCUAGUGACUACUCUAGUGAUUAUUCUGACUGGACAGCCGAUGCUGGAAUUAAUCUACAACCACCAAAGAAAAUUCCUAAAAUUAAGACUAAGAAAGCAGAGAGCAGUUCAGAAGAUGAGGAGGGGCCUGAAAAACAAAGGCAAAAGCAAAUCAGAAAGGAAAGGAAAAAAGGUAUUGAAGAUAAAGAGGGUCCAACAUCACCAAAGAAAAGGAAACCCAAAGAAAGAAAACAAAAGAGGUUGGCUGUAGGAGCGUUAACAGAAAAUGGCUUGACAUUGGAAGAAUGGCUGCCUUCAGUGUGGAUUACAGAUCUUGUUCCUCGCCGAUGUCCAUUUGUACCUCAAAUGGGAGAUGAGGUAUACUAUUUCCGACAAGGCCAUGAAGCAUAUGUUUUAAUGGCAAAGAAGAACAAAAUAUACAGCAUUAAUCCCAAAAAACAGCCAUGGCAUAAAAUGGAGCUACGGGAGCAAGAGCUGAUGAAAAUAGUUGGAAUAAAGUAUGAAGUUGGGCUUCCCACGCUUUGCUGUCUUAAACUUGCUUUUCUUGACCCAGAUACUGGUAAAUUGACUGGAGGAUCUUUUACAAUGAAGUAUCAUGACAUGCCAGAUGUUAUAGAUUUUCUUGUCUUAAGGCAGCAGUUUGAUGAUGCAAAGCACAGGCGGUGGAACAUAGGUGAUCGGUUUAGGUCAGUAAUUGAUGAUGCUUGGUGGUUUGGAACAAUUGAAAGCCAAGAACCCCUUCAACCUGAUUAUCCUGACAGCUUGUUUCAGUGCUACAAUGUCUGUUGGGACAAUGGAGACACUGAGAAAAUGAGUCCUUGGGAUAUGGAGCCUAUACCAGACAAUGGUAUGUGUCUACUUUCCCCUAGAUGUACAGAAAGGAGACAGAACUUACUGUCUGUGUUUCCAGAAGAGCUUGGAACUAGUGUUCCUUUAACGAAUGCAGAAAGUAGAGCAUUGAUCUACAAACCUCUGGAUGGAGAAUGGGGCUCCAGGACCCGAGAUGAUGAAUGUGAAAGGAUAAUUUCAGGAAUAAACCAGUUGAUGACUCUAGAUAUUGCGUCUCCUUUUGUGGCACCUGUGGAUUUCCAAGCUUAUCCAAUGUACUGCACUGUUGUUGCAUACCCUACUGAUCUGAGUACAAUUAAGCAGAGACUGGAAAAUAGGUUUUACAGGCGACUUUCUUCACUUAUGUGGGAAGUUCGGUAUAUCGAAUAUAAUACACGCACAUUCAAUGAACCUGGAAGUCCCAUUGUCAAAUCUGCCAAGUUUGUUACAGAUCUUCUGUUACACUUCAUAAAAGAUCAGGCUUGCUAUGAUAUAAUUCCGCUGUAUAAUACCAUGAAGAAAAAGGUCUUAUCUGACUCAGAGGAGGAAGAAGAGAAAGAUAUUAACAUGCCUGGAACUUCCACUAGAAAGAGGAAGGAUCAUCAGCCAAAGCGGAGGCUACGUAACAGGGCUCAGUCAUAUGAUGUCCAGGCAUGGAAAAGACAGUGCCAGGAGUUGUUGAAUCUUAUUUUUCAGUGUGAGGAUUCUGAACCUUUUCGCCAACCAGUAGAUCUUCUUGAGUAUCCAGAUUACAGAGACAUCAUUGAUACUCCAAUGGAUUUUGCUACGGUUCGAGAAACACUAGAAGUGGGGAAUUAUGAGUCACCGAUGGAGAUGUGUAAAGAUGUGAGACUGAUCUUCAGCAACUCCAAAGUUUAUACACCAUGCAAAAGAUCCAGAAUUUACAGCAUGAGCCUGCGUCUGUCUGCCUUCUUUGAGGAACACAUAAGUUCCAUUUUAUCAGAUUACAAGGCCGCUUUGCGUUUUCAUAAAAGAAACACAAUUAAAAAGAGGAGGAAGAAAAGAAGCAGAAGCAGUUCUCUUUCUAGUAGUGCUGCUUCAAGUCCUGAUAGAAAGCGACGGCUACUAAAACCACCACUGAAAGCGGAAUCCCCAGCGGUGCCUACAACCUCUACGCCUGUGCGUUUAACAUCCUUGAGAAAUGUUGCGGCUCAGAUGAAUGGAAAAGCAACUGAAUCUGCCCCUUUGGUCCGAACUAGGAGCACUAGGGCAGUAACAGAAAUGGCUGUGAAUGAACAGCCAUCUACUUCAUCAGGAGGAAAGCCUUUAACUGUGAAAACUAGUCCUGCUGUUGCAUCAGGGAAAUCAGUCCUAGAGAAUUCCACCAAACAUUCCAAGAACCAGAAUGCUUUAUUAGUCCCUGAUCAAACCAAUUACACUCACAACACCAGGAAUAAUACUACAAAAGAAAAUGUGGAGAAAGACAAACCAGUUAAACGAAAACCAAAGUUAUCUGCUCUCAGCCCACAGGAUUGCAAGAAUAAUGCUGUGGCUUUGGCAUCAGGAAGCAUCCAAGUAAAUGGACACGGGGGACAGUCUUCAAAGCCUGUAUUUAAGAGAGGUCCUGGACGGAAACCCAAAAUUGAAACAAACAACAGUACCUGUGAAGUGGUACAUAAGAAAAGAGGACGGAAACCAAAAAAUCUGUUACUUGCGCAACAAAAAAAAUUGGGCCCAAGUACAGUCCUAGCUACUAAUGACUUGCCAGCAGAGGAAGCAUCUGUUUCCACUGCAUGCAAUGCUCUCUCUGAAAAUAAUGUGAAGGAGGACUUACUACAAAGAAAAGGCCGUGGAGGCAGAAAACCUAAACGGAAGCCAGCAGAGGUACAACCAGCAGGAUUAGAACUUCCAUUACCUGCAGAUCCUAAAAUUCAGACAAGAAGCAGGAGAAAAAAACCAGAUGAGCCUAUUGAAGAAGAAUCUGAAGAACUUAAAGAUUCUGAACCCCAUAUGAGAACUAGAAACCAGGGCAGAAGGACAGCCUUUUACAAUGAAGAUGACUCGGAGGAGGAACAGAGACAGCUGCUAUUUGAAGACACUUCUUUGACUUUUGGGACAUCUAGCAGGGGCAGAGUCCGAAAAUUGACUGAAAAAGCAAAGGCUAAUCUGAUUGGUUGGUAACUUCAGCAUUUAAGAAUGCUAAUAAACAGGUACAAUUGAGGAAUUAGUGGAACUAAGGAUAUCUGCUUUCUGCUGCUCUUUACAGACAAGAAUGUCUUGAGUUGAAAGAAGCAUAGCAAAAAUAAACUGAACAUUUCUUUGAAAGAAGUAUCUAUUUUAAACUUUUGCUAUUUAUUGCCCUUCAAGUAGGUUAUGCAUUUCAAUUCACUUUGUUCAGUUGAUAUUGACAAUUGUAUAAAUGAAAUUCUUGAUUUGCAGAAAUGUUACUGUAAUUUUCAACAGUACACUAUCUCUAUUUGAUUAAAAAAGGUAAUAGAAUUUUUAAUGUUACAGACUGAGAACAGAACUCCUAUUUUGGAAUGAGCAAGGUACAAUACAUUUGUAUAGAGUAGUAUUUGUGUUUUACAGGAUAUUAGCAAAGAGUGGCAGUAAAUGCCAUUGAGCAGAAACACAAAAUUACCAGUCUUUGCUGUUA